AUUUAUACCUAUCACCCAACUAAAAUGAGACUACGAGAGUUGUUGGAGCGCACAAGCAAUCGAGAGAGAAGCUUGUGGAAACUCUACAACAACAACAACAACAACAACUCUCUCUCGCUACAACAACAACAACAACAACAACUCUCUCUCUCUCUCUCUCUCUCUCUCUCUCUCUCUCUCUCCAAUGAGUUCCUCAUCCUCUUCUAUACUCCAUAUUCCUAUUCAAAUUCUCUUUAUCAUAAUCGUGAUCUCCGAUCGCUGCAGCAGCUUUGCAUGCUACACGCGCAUCUUCAGCUUCGGCGACUCGCUGACGGACACGGGCAACUAUCUGCAGUCCCUCGACGGCCGUCCCGACCCUGUCCGCAGCCUUCCCUACGGCCAGACCUUCUUCGGCCACGCCACCGGCCGCUUCUGCAACGGCCGCCUCAUCGUCGACUUCUUAGCCCAAGCAUUAGGAUUGCCGUUCCUUCCGCCGUAUCUUGCGGGACGGACGGCGGAGGAUUUCCCGCACGGGGCCAACUUUGCGGUCGCCGGGGCCACCGCAAUGAACGGCUCCUUCUUCGAUGCAAACGGGGUCACGGUGACGUGGACGGAGUACUCGUUGGGCACUCAGCUUCAGUGGUUUAAGAAGCUGCUCCCUUUGAUCUCCUCUGAUUCAGAUCGGAGCAAGAUCAUGAACAGCUCGCUUUUCCUUGUGGGUGAGAUCGGAGGAAAUGACUACAACCAUCCACUCUUCCAAGGCAAAACUAUCGAGGAAGUGCGCUCUUUUGUUCCGAGUGUCAUCACUACCAUCGGAUCUGCAAUCAACGAUCUGAUUGAACUCGGCGCGAGGACAUUGGUGGUGCCGGGUAACUUCCCAAUGGGAUGUGUCCCGACGUACCUCAUCGAAUUCCAAAGCCCAGAGGAGGAAGAUUACGACCCGCAAACAGGUUGUCUUAAGCAGUUGAAUGAGUUUGCGGAGUACCACAACCGCCAACUUCUGAAUGAGUUGGACAAGCUUCAAAGGCUUCACCCUCAUGCUACAAUAAUCUACGCCGAUUAUUAUGGACCUUCAAUGAAUGUUUAUCAUUCGCCGGAACAGUUUGGAAUCAAGGCACCCCUCAAUGCGUGCUGCGGAAGUGAUGCUCCUUACAACUACACCCCAUCAGUAUACUGCGGGAGCCCAGAGUCAAUCGUAUGUGCCGAUCCAUCAAAGUAUGUUUCCUGGGAUGGGUUACACUUAACCGAGGAGGCUUACAAGAUAGUUUCUCUUGCGAUGUUACAAGGGCCGAAUGCUCUUCCUGCUCUAAAAGCGUGCGCUAAUAAUCAAACCACCAAUAAUCAAACGAGCGCUGCGCGUGUUCUCUAUCCGCGCCACUUGCAGUGGAUAAGCUGGACAAUUGUACUCUCCACUCUAUUGUAGCUGUUGGUUUCUAUGGAGGAGAAAUAGAGCUAGAUUUUCCUUUACACAAGUGCCACUCAUGCGUAAGUUUCUUAUUCUGUGUUAUUGCUGUUGUUCUUUCUUUGACAAUUUAUUCUAUGUGGCAUACGAGGCAUAUAGUGAUUUGUUAUAGAGAAGCACUUUUGUAGUACUGAGAUAAAGUGAUUAGUUAUAAACUAAACUUGAGUUAUGCCUUGUGCUUGGCGUUAUCUUU